AUGGCGCACGUGUUCUUCGGGCACUGCUUCAAGCAGCAGAACGGCUGGAAGGAGCUCCUCCACCGCUUCACCUCGGGCAAGGGCACCCUCCUCGACCUCGAGUUCCUGGUCAACGAGCAGGGCCGACGUGUGGCCGCCUUCGGUCGUGCCGCCGGUCUCGCUGGCUGCGCCGUCGGUCUCAGCAGCUGCACGGCUUCGACGUGCCGCUGUCGCCCAUCAAGUCCUACCCGAGCGUGGAGGCGCUGGCCCGCGAGGUGGCCCAGUCGCUCGCCCAGGUCAAGCAGCUCACGGGCAAGAGCCCCAAGGUCAUGGUCAUGGGCGCCAAGGGUCGGUGCGGCAGCGGAGCGCUGUACUUCCUUAAGGAGGCGGGCGUGGAGGGCGUGA